GGAACGGCCGCGGGCGGGCGGAGGGGAGAAAGGGCGCAGACGGCGCCCUGGGCGGGGAGGCUCCUCCUCUCUCCUCCCGCGGAGAAGCCAUGGCUCUCCUGGGCCGCCUGGGAGCCCUCCUGCAACGGGCCGUGGAGACGGAGGAGCCGCGCCUGGACCUCCCAGCCGCCUUCACGGACCACUGGAAGGGCAUCACCCAGUUUUACCUGGAGACCACAGAUGAAAACAAACCAGCAAAAGAGACGGACAUCCCCUGGCGCUUGAAACAGAUGCUAGAUAUCCUAGCAUACGAGGAGAAGAAGCAGCCAUCGGGGGAGACAGGACCCUGUUUGGAGUACUUGCUUCAACACAAAAUCCUGGAGACCCUCAGCACUAUGGCAAAAGCAGAGUAUCCCACAGGGAUGAGGUCUCACGUGCUCCUCUUCUUCAGCCGCUUGCUGGGACAAAUGCAGUGCCCUCUGCUGCAUUACCUGAACGUGUACAGGCCUGUCCAGAAACUCCUCCACCUUGGGAACGACGCACUAGGCUCUGAGCCUGAGAAGGAAAUGAUGCAGCUUGUUGCUGCCCUGUGUACCAAGAUCAAACAGGAUCCGGCCCUGCUGCCCUACGUCCUGGAGGGCAAGAAUGCGGCGAGUGGGCAGAAAGUGGAUCAGGCCUUCCAACCUCCGGGAGCAACAGCAGAGCCUGCCUUGGACCCUGCCCGGACCCUGCCCACCCCUCUAGAGCAGGACAGAAGGCUGUGCCCAGAGGAAGCUUCCUGCGAGGUGCGGCUUGCGGAACCAGCCUCCUCUGCCCCAAACCUGGUGACCUCCCUGAUCAGCUUGUGCCAGAGCAAGAAGAGGAAGGUUGCCCUCAAAGCUCAGGAGAACCUUCUGCUGCUAACCAGCAUCGACCAUCAAGCAGCUGCCCUGGCUCUGGCGCGAGACAGCAGGCUUUGCCCCCUGGUGGUUGACCACCUCUGCACGCUGUGCGAGGCCAUCCCAGCCACUGUCAACCCUGCCGAUGUCACCACGCUUCAGCCGGUCAGCUGGAGGCUUCAGGGCAGCUGCGUUGAGGAGAACGCCUUCCCAGGCCAGGCCAGCCUGGAGGCUUUCUUUGCCUGGCUCGAUCUCUGUGAUUGCAUAGCGAAAGAGGCCCACCCGGUUGUGGCAGGUGCUGUAAGUGAGACGGUGGCUCAGAGGUUCUUCCAGGGAGUCCUGCGGUCCCAGCUGCUGCAAAUGUCAGAACGCGGCAUCCUUCUCUCGACAGCUGUCCUGACUGCCUUGGUAAGACACAUCCGCUCUCCUGCGCUCCUCCAGGAAUUGGUUGGGUUUGUGCUGGGAACCAAGGAAGGACCCGCAGUGGCCAAGGAUCCAGGCCACCAGCCGCAACACCACCUCUGCUCCCAACUGAUUGAGCGCUGCAACCACUUGUCGGAUGAGAUCAGUAUGGCCACCUUGAGGCUGUUUGAGGAGCUGCUGUGGCUUCCGGAUCGCCGUGUCAUGCAGCGCCUGGUCCUGGACCACCUGGAGGAGCGCAGCUACCUCCUGAGAAGCCCACCUGGGCAGGAGGAGUCCCUUGCUCGCGAGCAAGAGCCCUGCGAGGAUGGGCUAGAACUGGAGGAAGAUCCCUACUUCAUAGACGGGUUCCCAGGCACCAGCUUCCAGGUCUCUACCAAGCCGGGCGUCCCUGCCCCAAAGCAGCAAGCCCAGCCGCAGGACGUGAAGGAGGUGGUCAGCAGCUUCCUCUGCCUGGUUCCCAGUGAAGCAAAGACCUCUGCCUACCUGGAAGAGGCCGGGUAUGACACCUAUGUCCACGAUGCCAGUGUGCUGUUCCAGGAAUGUUGUACCAAGGCGUCUUGCUGGCACUGGCCAAAGGCCCCUCGGCCCCUGGAGACCUGCUCUGCCAGCACCGGCUUCUACGAGGGCCGUUUCUUGGAAGUGCUCUUUGAACGGCUGAUGCGCAUCCUGGACCAGCCCUACGCAGUGAACCUGCAGGUGACAUCGGUGCUGUCCCGCCUGGCUCUCUUUCCCCACCCUCACCUCCACGAGUACCUCCUGGAUCCCUACUUGCCUCUGGCCCCCGGCUGCAGGACCCUCUUUUCCGUCCUGAUCAGGGUGAUUGGAGACCUAAUGCAAAGGAUCCACCGGAUACCAAACUUCCCCACCAACUUGCUGCUGGUCCGGAGGGGGCUGAUGAGGCUGGUCCCUGCUGAAGAACAACAGAUCGGCCAUCGUACCCUCCUGGAGGGGGUGGUUGUCCUCGAAGAAUUCUGCAAGGAGCUGGCGGCCAUUGUCUUUGUCAAGUCCAUGCGCGAGGUCCCCGCCUGACGUUCCAAGGAGCGCGCUGCCCCUUUUGGAUCCCACACUUCUCAAGGGAUGGCUGCACAGCUGGGGUCUGGAAAGGGCAUUUGUGGCAACCCUAGAGGCCUUUGCAGCCUCGUAAGAACCGGGCCUCAGCCGUCGCUGGUUGCCUUCAUGCG